UGCUGGUAUCGUUCUUUGUGAAAUCGGAACAAACUGAACAGCACAUUUACCCCAACGGCAGAAAAGCUUCCAAAAGUUCUAGUUGGGAAGAGUUUUGGUGGAAUGGACGGGUACGGAGGUGCGCUUAAACCUUUAUUUGCACGACAAGCCCUUUUUAUCAUCUUCCUCAGAAUUUGAUCAGUUCUCUUCUCCCUCUUGCGAGACUUGAGUUACUUUUUCCUCAGUGGUUGGCGCAUAAAGCAAAAUCAUUCCAAUGAGUUGGAACGCUCCAUCAUCGAGCUCCGGAGGCGCUGGAUCCACCGAUGUCUCAGCACCAAGAACAAUUUCCAAGCGCCCCAAAUAUUCGAAGUUUACUCAACAGGAACUUCCAGCUUGCAAGCCGAUUCUUACACCGAGAUGGGUGAUUUCAACGUUCAUGCUUAUUAGCAUUGUCUUCAUUCCCAUUGGGGUUGCCUCCCUGUUUGCUUCCCAGGAUGUGGUUGAGAUUGUCGACAGGUAUGAAACUGAUUGCAUACCACCAGCCUCAAGAAGCGAUAAGGUUAAAUACAUACAGAGCAUUGAGGAUAAAACCUGCAACAGGACACUGACGGUGCCAAAGCAUAUGAAGCAGCCUAUUUAUGUUUAUUAUCAGCUUGACAACUUCUACCAGAAUCAUCGCAGGUAUGUGAAGAGCCGGAGUGAUGGACAGUUGAAAUACGUUAGUAGUGAGAAUGAGACACAAGAUUGUAAACCUGAAGAUGUUGCAAGCGGCAUGUCGAUUGUGCCUUGCGGUCUCAUAGCUUGGAGUUUAUUUAAUGAUACGUUUAAUUUUUCCCUCAACAACCAGCAAUUGGCAGUCAACAAGAAGGGCAUCUCAUGGAAGAGUGAUAGGGAACACAAGUUUGGAAAAAAUGUCUACCCUAAAAACUUUCAGAGUGGAACUCUUGUAGGGGGUGCACAGCUCGAUUCAUCUAUUCCAUUGAGUGAACAGGAGGACCUGAUUGUUUGGAUGAGAACUGCAGCUCUGCCAACCUUUAGGAAGUUGUAUGGGAAGAUAGAGGUGGAUCUGCAGGAAAAUGAACAGAUUCAGGUGACAUUGGGGAACAAUUAUAACACCUAUAGUUUCAAUGGCAAAAAGAAGCUUGUUCUCUCUACCACAACCUGGCUUGGUGGAAAGAAUGACUUUCUUGGCAUUGCUUACCUCGCUGUUGGUGGGUUAUGCUUCUUUCUGGCUAUGGCUUUCACUAUUGUGUAUCUAUUUAAGCCAAGGCGACUUGGAGAUCCUACCUACUUGUCAUGGAACCGGAACCCAGGUGGUCAUUAAGCAACCUUCCGAAACUUUUUUAGCGGCUUGGCAUAGCACUCAUUUUAGUGGAUGUAGUUUCAAGUGAACAAUGUUAUGAGCUAUGAAAUGAUGAGCUCAUAACAUUGUAGUUGUAUGGAAAUUGAAUUGUGGUUUCUGUAGGGUAUCAGAAAACUUUGCUUUAAGCUACUCCAUGCUUGGACUACUAUAAAUUGCUUUAAGCUACUCCAUGCUUGGACUACUAUAAAACAGGGUAAUGAAUCAAUUACCAUUACCAGAACCUGUAUACAAUCUCAUGAAUAUUUGGCAAAGUAUUCUUGUAAAAUACAUACUGAUGGGUAAUUUAAGAUUGCCCCAAGCA